AUGGGCAACCCUCUAUUAUUUUUCCUUUAUAUGUUUCCGCAACCCCUCAAAUCCGUCUGUCAAGAUCCCCCACCGUCCACCACCUAUCAAUCCAACUUCACCACCUUCAUCCUCCUUACUUUGCCAUUCAAUCAAUUAACUCGCCGGAAAUAACAAUGGUAAUGAUCAGAGUUCGUAGCCGUGACGGUGUCGAAAGGGUUUCAAUCGACAACCCUAACAUCACAAUCGGCGAACUCAAAACCCUAAUUGAGUCUCAGCUUCACGUACCACUCGCUAAUCAAACUCUCUCCCUCCAACAAAACCUUUUGUUGGCCAAAACCCCUGCGGAUCGAUCCAGUUUUUCGGAUAUGGCGAACCCGCAAACUCGAAUUUCGUCUCUAAAAAUUGGACAUGGGUCCCUCGUUUACCUCUCUUACGACGGGGAGCGUGAGAUUGUUGCCGCUCGCCCGAGCAUAACUCCAGCAGGGUCUUUCGGUAGGAAGAUGACAAUGGAUGAUCUGAUUGCGAAGCAGAUGAGGGUGACUCGCCAGGAGACGCCUCAUUCUCAGCAUGUUUCAUUUGAUAGGGAUGCUGCCAAUGCUUUCCAGAGCUAUGUAAAUGAAACUCUAGCGUUCGCAGUGAAACGAGGUGGGUUUAUGUAUGGGACUGUUUCCGAGGAUGGGAAGGUGGAGGUGGAUUUUAUAUAUGAGCCACCACAGUUGGGACAGGAGGAGAGGUUGGUGCUUAUGAGGGAUAUCAACGAGGAGAAGCUUGUCGAUGCAAUUGCCACGGGAUUAGGGAUGAGAAGAGUUGGGUUUAUAUUCACUCAGGCUAUUGGGCAGGAUCAGAAGGAUUAUACAAUGUCGUACUUGGAGGUUGCCCAGGCUGUAGAGUUGCAUGCUGAGAGUGGGCUAAAAGAGUGGGUGACUGCUUUAGUGAAGCUUAAGGUUAAUGAUGAUGGUGUAGCUGAUGUGCACUUUGAGGCCUUUCAGAUGAGUGAUAUGUGUGUUCGGCUUUUUAAGGAAGACUGGUUCGAUGUAGAACGUGGUAAUGAGGGGGAAGAGGUUGAUCCUAAGGUAUCCCGGAUGAAGAAGGAUGUUGUUGUUGGUGGGAAGGAUGUUAAAGAGGUGGACAAUGAUUUCUUCUUGGUUGUCGUUUCCAUCUUUGAUCACCAGGGCCCACUGUCAUCAAUAUUCCCUAUAGAGAACAGGAACUUUCCGGUCACAACGAAGGCUGUGAAGACUCAUCUUGAGCGAAGUAAAUCUUUUCCGUUUGUGAAGAGAAUUUCUGAUUUCCAUUUGCUGCUUACCUUGGCAAGGUUCCUGGAUCUGAAUGCAGAUAUCCCAGCAUUGACCCAGUGUGUGUACUCGCAGACAGUGGUCCCUGAAGGAUACCAACUUUUGAUAGAGUCCAUAGCAAAUGCUGGUGUGUGAUACAAUAGAUAAGUUGCUUCAUUCCGCCGCACAGAUAAUGAGUUCAUGUGAUGGAUGAGAUUUUACUUGCUUGGGUUGUCUACUGAGAGGCCGUCGUACUUGGUACUGUGGUACAUAAUAGGAAUCCCAUGGUUAAUGAACAGCUACAUAGCCAAAUAUGUGCCAAAUGGACCAUGAUCCUGCAGUGAAAUGUCUCGCUAUGUAGAGAAUGCCCUGUUUAUAACUUAAUGAAUUUAAGGAUCAGGAAAGGUUGAAUUAAAUUAUGCAACUAUGUUGUUUCAAAGAUACAUUUUCAGUCCCGUCAAAAUUAAAAAAAAAGUGCAUUUUCA